AUGAGCGGUGGAAUGAAUAAGGGAGGGAUAAGAGAAGGCGUGCCGGUGGUCAAGCUGGGCGAGGGGGAGCGGCGCUACGAGCUGGACGAGGAGGCGCUGCGCCGCGUGCUGCUGCGGGAGGACGUGCGCGGCCUGCCCGUCGUGGUGGUCAGCGUCGCCGGCGCCUACCGCGGCGGCAAGUCCUUCAUACUCGACUUCUUCCUCCGAUACCUCAACGCGAACCGCUACAAUCAGCAGUCUGGGGCGUGGCUUGGUAAUGAGGAUGAGCCUCUGCGUGGGUUUCACUGGCGAGGGGGCAGCGAGCGAAACACCACCGGCAUCCAUCUCUGGCCGGAACCUAUCAUCACUACACUGGAAGCAACUGGUGAACAAGUGGCCGUGCUGCUGAUGGACACACAGGGCACCUUCGACUCGGAGACCACGAUCGGCCAGAACUCGACGAUCUUCGCGCUGUCCACCCUCAUCUCGUCCGUGCAGAUCUACAACCUGACCGGCAACAUCAAGGAGGAUGAUCUACAGCACUUACAGUUGUUCACGGAGUACGGCAAGCUCGCGUGUGACACUCAAUCCAAGGCGUUCCAGACUCUACUGUUCCUCGUCAGGGAUUGGCCGCACGCCUUCGAGCACCCUUAUGGUUUCCAUGGUGGAUCUACGCUACUCAGUAAGAGGCUACAGCCGAAGGUAAACCAGAGAGCAGAGUUGCGGCAGGUUCGGGAACACAUUCGCUCGUGUUUCGACAAUAUCAAGUGUUUCCUUAUGCCGCAUCCCGGCCACAGCGUCGAAGACAUCAAGUUUGCAGGAUGCCUUCGUGAUUUGAGGGAACAGUUUAGACUAGCUCUGAUAGAGUUAGUGCCAUCCCUUUUCGACCCGAAAUACCUCACACCAAAGCUAAUUAGCGGUGAACGAGUCACUACCCAAGAUUUGUUUGAGUACUUCAAGACAUACGUUGGUAUCUUUAACAGUGACGAAGUUCCCGAAGCUGUUACUAUAUUCAAGGCGACGGCGGACGCGUGCCUGCUGGCAGCGACGCGCGAGGCGCGCGACCUGUACUCGCAGCAUAUGGAGGCGCGCGUGCGCGACGGCGUCAGCGUCAGCAGCGCCACGCUCACUGCCUGGCACGAGGCCGCGCGGGACCUCGCACUGCGACGCUACGUAGGGAAGAAGAAACUAGCCGCACAAGCCGACGUCGAUGCUCAUUUCGAAGCUCUCAAAAAGGAGCUGAAUGCGAGACUGUCCCAGUAUUUGUGGAACAACGAUAUAAAGGUUCGCGACACGAUGGGCAACGCCACAAAAGCGUACGAGGAGGCGGUGAGCCGCGUGUCUGCAGAGCACGCGCGUCUGUGCCUGCAUCCGCGGGACAUGGCCGACCUGCACGCCGAGGCGCUGCGCCAGGCGCUCGCAGUCUUCGAUGGCGCAAGAGAGGUGCCCGAAGGUGAAGAAGACGAUAGAAGAUUAGAAUUGAUUUGUAGGUUGGAGCAGCGCUACGAGCACUUGUGUGUCAUCAACGAGCAGAACAACAAGAGCAGCGUGAUGGAGGCUCGGGAGGUGUACGUGAGGCAAAUGAAGCUGGAGAUGGACCAGUCGGGCGUCAGCUCCGCGCGACUUUCCAAGCAGCACCAAAAAGCUGUCGAAGUUGCUACAAAUUCCUUCUAUGCAACGAGGAGCCUUUCCACUCGGCGAGAAGAUGACCCGCAUGUGGAACUAUUGUUAAAAGACAUUCGUGAUUAUUUUGUGGACUUUGAAAAGGCGAAUAUAAACAGAAAUAAGAUGGCCCUACAUGCAGCUGAGAAUGUGUAUAACAACUACAUCAUGUCAGAGUGGGGCCCACAGAUGUGCUGCUUCCAUCCGAAAGCUCUUGAAGAUCUCCAUAACAAAGGCAAGCAGAUGGCUCUCGAGCAAUUCCUCUCCAACAGAGCGGAUAACGAAAAUGAUGAGUACAAGGCAGCGUUAAUCAAGAGUCUCGGAAUACGUCUGACUGACUUGCGUGAAGUAAACGAGUUUAACAAUAAGCAAGCGGGGGAGCAGGCGUUGAGGUUGUACACGACGCUGAUGGAUAAAUAUAGCCGACCCUCUGUUGUCUCUAUCCUCGUGAUUCCCUUCAUCGUCAAGCUCUUCGGGUCCCUGCCCGCGCGCCACCAGGAGUCCAAAGAUGAUGCAAUCAGAGAGUUUAUGAAAUGGCGCCGCGGUACUGAUUACAGCGAUGACGCCCAUUUCGACAGACUUGUUUCGGUGGGUGUUAACAGUUAA